AUGUAAAACAUAAAUAUCCUCUUAACUAAUUUGGAUGAUCUUUUACUAAGUGAAACAUAAUAAACAGACUAAAUUUUUUAAAUUCUCUCUUAAUUAGAUUAUUAAUUGCUUCAUAUUUAAAAUGAAGAUUAUUAAAAAUAUGGAUAUUAUUAAUACUUAAUAGCUGAAAAAUGUCUCAAUUCGCUCACAAAUAUUAGUGAAAAUUAUAAAUCUAGAUACAAAGAGCAAUUAAAUACUUUUAAAAAACAAUAUGAUCAAUACUAAAAUAACUUUGUGCAAUAAGCUAGAAGGGAUUUAUCAUCUGAACAAAAUUAAUUAAUUGAAUACAAAAUAUAAUUAUAAGAAGUAUAAAAAAAUUAAGGAUGUAACGGAAUUUUCAACAUUUUAGGUACUACAUUAAAUUUGUACAAAAUAGAAAAUACCAUUAAAUCAGUUGGUAAUGCUAGCAAAGCUAUUAUAGCAAAGUCAAAUGUAAUUACAACUUUAGGUCUUACAGCUAUAGAAACUUGUAAAAUUUAUUAUGAUUAUCUAAAAUUGAGAUCAAAAUGCUUAAACGAAGGAUAGAUAAGAUAAGCUAAAACAUCACUUAAAUAGCAACUAAAAGCUUUAGGUGCAAGAUCAGUUUGCUCUAGUAUUAUAUCAACAGGAGCUACUGCACUAGGAUUAACUAUUGCAGCAUUAAUAUCACCUGCAGCAGGAGCUAUUGCUCUUGGAGGAGUUUUAGGUGCUAUAGUAGGAGGAAUCUGUAGCUAUUUUGUACAAAAAUAGUAUAUAGAUCCAUAUUUUUUAGAAGAAUAGAAUUAUAUAAUAGAAUGUGAAAGAUUAUUAGGAUUAGAGGAUUUCAGAUAAGCUAACUAAGGAAUAGAUUAUACUAAAGAAGAAUUUGACUUUAAAUAUAAAAGAAGCUUAUUAAAUGAGCAUCCUGACAAGCAAACAACUGAUACCAUGAGAGCAAAUGCAAGACAUAAUAUUUUUAAAAUAUAAUUGGCAAAAGAAAUGAUUUAUAAACAUAGGGGUUGGUAAUGA